GAGGGGCGGAGCCGGCGGGGUUGUUUGCACGGCAAAAUGCGAGUGGGCGCUUCCCGCCGCUGAGUUGGAGACAGAUCAGCCAUCCUCGUGGAGCCGCUCAGGCCCGCUUUUCCAGAGAGAGGCGGCAUUUCUCCCGUCCUGAGGAGGGUGACGCGACAGCACACCACAUGUAUUCAAGAGCUGGAGGAGGCCAGAAGCUGGGGUUAAAUCUCUUGAAACUGGAGUUACAGGUGCUGGGAACUGAACCCAGGUCCUCUGUAAGAGCAACAAAGUGCCCUUAACCAAUGAAUCACCCUUCUAAUCCUAAAUCUCCACAGUUGACGGUCUUCUCUCCUCUCACCUGACUUGAAUAAAAUGCUUCCUGCAGUUCCAGGCACAGCUGUUCGACUCUCCUGUGCCAAAUGUAAAAGAGUUUUUCAGGAGGGACAGACAGCUUUUCAGAGGAAAGGGUCUGCUGAGCUUUUCUGCUCAAGACUAUGCAUUGAUGGGUACCCGUCACCUGCUGUGUCUCCAGCUCCUCUCAAAAGGAUGUGCUUAAAUUGCUCAAGAGUCCUAAACCUGGAAGGGACAUUAGAGAUCACCCAGUGCAGACCUUUUCUUUUGCUUUUGAAAAAACUGAGGCCCUGAGGAAUUAAGGCACUGUGUUGCUAUGGUUAGCAUAUACGCACUACAUUUCUUCAGCCCCAGCUUUGCUACAUGUCACAGGCGUUGAAAAGACUCAUGCAAGAAAGAAUUUGCUGUAGACAUUUUAAGUCUAAAGGAUAUGAAGAGUGUCCAGUUGGAGGAUAGUAGUUGUGACAAAAACUUUUGUAGCCAAUCUUGUCUUACAUCAUAUGAAGAAAAAAGAAAACCAGGUGUUACCAUAUAUACUGAUAGCAGUUUGCCCAAGUGCAGCAUGUGUCAGAAGACAUCUACUAAACCGCCCAGAAUACUUAGAUCUUCCCCGUGCAAAUCACUGCAGCUGUCAGAUGAGAUGAUUGCGAUUACUAACGACUUGGGGAACGUAGAGGUUUACUGCUCUGCUUGUUCUUCUUCAUACAACAGUGCUGUGAUGGAGUCUCCUUCAGUUAAUGUAUCCAUGGUGCACAGUUCUUCAAAAGAGAAUCUCUGUCCAAAGAAAUAUCCAGUUAUAAGCAAUAUAAUGUCGUUAGUAAAUAAUCAUGUUGACCUGGUCGUGAACACUGAUCUCUUACAAGGUACACUUUCUUCUCUACCGACAGAUGUCAUCAUGAGCAACUCAGCCAGUGAGUCCAGCAGUGGUGUUGGUAAUAGUGCGGACCAGCCAGGCCUCCUCCCACCUUGCUCGGUGCUCUGUGAGGACACAGCUGCUCCCGGUGAGGGAGUAGAGAACAACAGUGAGAAAUCCAUGGAAGGAAAUGAUAGGCUGUGUCUCUCAAAGUCCACAUUAACAGAACAGAACAUUAAGACAGAGCCUCCGGGAGAGCCCUGGAGCCCAGCUCUCCAGCAUCUGCAUCCCAGCCCUGCAGACAAUAUCGCAUUCUGCUAUUCUUGCUACUUGUUCUUCCAGAAAAAAUUUAGCUGUCGGAGAGAAGCUUUUGCAACCCAAGGAACUGCUGACUGGGAGAAAAUGCUGGGAAAUUUCAGAAAGCAUGAAGAAAGUGACGUGCACUUAAAGUCACUGCAAUUUUGGAGGCAAUACCAGUUUCUCGAUGCUAUUCCGUGUGACAAUUCAUCUGUUUAUUCAAAACAGAUUGAAGGAAAUAAAAAGUACCUAAGGCUCAUCAUUGAGAACAUUUUAUUUCUUGGAAAACAGUGCUUGCUGUUAAAAGGAAAUGACCAGUCUGUUUCACCCAUGAAUAAAGGCAGUUUUUUGGAAUUGCUAGAACUUAGAGCAAGAGAUAGAGGAGAGGUAUUUCAGCUCAUGAGUUCCCACGUGGACUUCUAUAGCAGCACGCUUGUCCAGGAGGAGAUUAUUGAAAUGAUAAAGGAUGAAAUGUUGCAAGACAUCGUGAGUGAGAUCAACGCCUCCUCAGCCUUUUCAAUAAUCUGCGAGGAGAUAGCUGGUAGUGCCGCUGAGAGACAGCUUUCCGUGUGUGUGAGGUACCCACAAAAGACGCCAAGUGCUGUCUUGGUUAAGGAAAGGUUCCUGGGGUUUGUGACUGCCGAGGAGGUGACUGGGGUCCACGUGCAUGGGCGGAUCAAAGCUUACCUGCAGCAGGUUGGAGUUGAUUUUAAUAAAAUAUGUGGCCAAGCCUAUGAUAGUGCCACAAAUUUUACGGUAAAAUUGAAUGAAGUUGUAGCAGAAUUCAAGAAGGAAGAGCCAAGAGCUCUCUAUGUGCAUUGUCACGCCCAUUUUUUGGAGUUAGCGGUGAUUAGCUUCUGUAAGGAGGUGAAGGAGCUCCGCGAGGCACUACACACUCUCUGCUCUUUGUUCAACACAGUUCAUGUGUCUGAAGAAAUGUUGGCAAGUUUGCAAACCAUGUGUAAGCUAAGUCUAAAUAAAACUUGUAAGAAACACACGUCACAGUCGUGUUGGCCAGCCCACGACCAUUUGCUGCUGGCCGUGACGGACUGCCUUCCGGAGGUCGUUGAGGUGCUGGCGUCAGUGUCACGCCGGUGCGCAGGCACAGCUGUGGCUGCCGAGCUGGAGGACCUGUUGGCCAUGGUUACCAAGUUUGAAUUUAUAUUUUGUUUGAAAUUUCUUUAUCGAGUACUCAGUAUCACAGGGAUUCUUUCUAGAGAGUUUCAAAGUGAAACUGUUGACAUCUUUUCUUUGUUUUCAAAAAUAGAAGCAAUUUUGGAAUGUUUAUCUUCUGAAAGGAAUGAUACAUACUUUAAAAAUAUCUGGGAUGGAGCAGAUGAAAUAUGUAAAAAGAUAACCAGUAAGGGUUUUGAUGUUGAGAAACCCUCUUUUCAAAAAAGAAGAAAAGUUCAAAGAACAGUAGAUCCUGGCAACUCAGAGCAUAUGUUUUUUCCUACUUCAGCAGAUGAACAAUAUAAAUUUAAUAUUUACUACCAAGGUCUGGACACGGUAUUAAAACAUUUAAAGUUAUAUUUUUCAGAGUUUGACUAUUGUAAAAUGAAACAAAUUUCAGAGCUGUUACUUAAGUGGAAUGAGCCAUUAAAUGAAGCAACAGCCAAGCACAUCCAGGAAUUCUAUAAGCUUGAUGCAGACAUCAUUCCCGAGCUCCGAUUUUACCGGCAGUAUGCAGGUUUCAACUUCAUCGCAGAGGAUGGGUCCUUAAGCUUCAUUGACCUAGGCUCUUUGUUUAUUCAGCAUGCUCUCCACAAUAAUAUUCCUUGUAUCACGAAGCUGUUGCAUAUUGCUUUAUCUUGGCCAAUUACUUCAGCAAAUAAUGAGAAGUCAUUUUCCACGCUGUCUCAUCUUAAAACAUACUUACUUCGUACCAUGGGACAAGAGAAACUUAGUAGCCUGGCUCUGAUAGCUGUUGAGCAGGAACUGGUAAAUAAACUGAUGGAACCUGAAAGACUGGGGGGAAUUGUCGAAAAGUUCAUUAGUCAAAUGAAAGAUACGUGAGACAAACUUGCAACUUUGAGCUUAAUUAAAAGAAUUCUGUGGUUUUAUUAGAAUCCUAAUGAAGUUUUGUUUGUUGGAGGUUCUUUGAGACAGAUAGGGAUCUUGCUCUGUAGCCUAGGCUAGUCUUGAAUUUGUAAGCUCUUGAGACUGAUUGACCCUCUUACCUGACUCUUCUCCUUUAAAGUAUUCCAGUUGACGUAUUGUGUCGUAGGCACAUCUACAUUUAAUACAUUUACUGAGCAACUACUAUAUGCCAGAUAGUAUGAUAUGUGCUGGAGGUAUAGCAGAGAAUUAGGAGCCUAGAGUCAAUUGAACAUAGUUUUUUCUAAUAUAGAAAUCUAGUAAGCCUGGCACAGCGGCACACUUUCCUCCAGGACUGUGACUCAUUGGUAACAUACUUAACGUCCCUAGAAUGCAUAAGGCCCAGAUUCAAUUCCCAGUGCCAAGGAAGUCCUGUAAUACCAUCAUAGCUGCUAGUGACCGUGUGCAUUGUUAAAUAAAAUUUUAACUAAAAACCAUUGCUGGGAAGAGAAUAGUUCUACAGAAGC